AUUGCACUACCCAACGGCAAGUUCCGUAUAUAGCGCAAUUUUAGUUCCAAUAGUAGGCAGUUCCAGUCUCUCAUCUUCAUGUGGUUGCUCGGUAAAGCUUUGCUCUGGCGAUAAUAGGGUUUACCCCGGUAUAGCGACGAGAUGGUGGCAGCCCUGACGAGCCGCACUCCAGGUAGGACACAUGCCCAGAAAGACUUUACAGGACAAAAACACAGCAGCGAAACAUAUAACGCAGACAUCAAUCUCGGACGAAUCCUUGUAUUGCCUCUCUGUCACGAUGAGAACAGAGAGCUUUGAAGCAUGGCGCAGAAUCACGCGGAUCCGUUUUGCCUACAUUUUGGUCCGAUGGCUCCGGCCAGCUCAGUGACAUCCGGGGCUGACUCCGCCGCACCUCCUCUCCCCCCACGACCCAAUAACGCGCUACCUCAUAUUCGUCGGCGACCUGUCAAUACAGCGCCUCUUCCCGCCUCUUCCCUCACUCAAACAGCGCUUCCUGCCUCCCCAUCACUCACCCAAACGGUGCCUCUACGCCCACCACGGCCCGAGUUCUCAAAUCCAGGACCUGGUGUCGCCCAAUACGCUGAUGAGAGGCCCGGUUCAUUGGAACAGCCAAUCAUUUCUAAUACGAGCGUCUUUAGUGGCCCCCAGGCCACUUCCAGCAUGCCUGCGCCUCACGGACAAGCAAGCGUAACCACAAACUCCCAAUCCCCUCAGUCAAGCGAUAGGCGGUCUUCGUGGAGCUCCACCUUCGGGAUUAUGGCGAAAGCCGCUUUGCCUGAAUCCCUAGCACCGGGCAUGUCGUCUCUGAUAUCCCGCGAUCAGGCCCCACCAGCCCUUUCCACACAACCCCCCACUACGCCGUUAUCCGGAAACCAGGUCAUUGUCAACGACGUCAGCCUUGGGCAGGCAGACAUCAUGAGCCUCCAGGCAUUGCUUGGUGCUGUACUACCCGGGUCUUACUGGUACGAUCGCCGCAGUGGGGCUUACGGGAUGAUCGGAGGACCUUGUAGUGGUUUCCUGUCGCCUGGCCUACCUCUUGGCUGCGGGCAACUCGCCGAGAAUGCCUCCGGGAAUACUGGUACAGGUGUCUUUAUCAACGGUCGCCAGAUUCAUAGUGUAGACGUUGUAGGCCUGCAGAGCGCUGGGACGGUUGUGAUGCCUGGACGCUGGUGGGUCAACGGCGACGGCACCUACGGAGCAGAGGGAAGCCCUCUUAUUCUCGGUCGCCUGAAUUUGCGCGCGUCAGCGAGUGCCAGUGGUGGUGCUGGUGGGAGCCAUAGUUGGUCGACAAGCAUGGGCCACUAUGGGGGUAGUGAUGGGCAGGGCUUCAGCUAUGUGGGAGGUCCAGGAUGGAGCUACUACAGCGGAUAACGUGGUUAUGAACGACCUCACAUUUCGACCAUUGGCGUCGGAAGUCUGACUAACAGACGCCUUUUUGUGCUGAUAUGAAAUGCGUUAAGGUGAAACGGAAAAUUCCGUGCAAUUUCGAGAAAGCGGCUUGGAAAGGGGGGCGUCGCCAUGAAACCUAAUUCAAUCUUCGACAAAUAGCCGGGCGGCGUCUAUAAGGCUUGGUUCUACUAGGACUAGUAGGUAGGUACCUAUCGAUCGCAAUGGGAGCAUGGCAAGUGAACAGCCACUGCCGAGUGGUGACUAUCAUAGCGUCAUACACCUCCACGCUAUUUGCUUUAAACCAAUUAUUAGUUAAAUUAACUCUUGAUGAAACUCGAGACAGGGAAAGUUUAGUUGUAUGUCGAAAAUAUCGAAAUUGAGCUUUUGAAUUCCUUG